UCCGUUGCCUCACAACAGCUUCCUUUUUCUCUCCUUCUACUCAGAGUCACCGAUUUCUUCUGUCCGCAUUUGCAGCUUCACGACUUCUUUCUUAUCUUCUACACCUAACGACUACAUCUUCACAAUGCCGCCUAAGAAGGACGCCGCUGCCGGAGAGUCCGACGCCCUUUUGGUAGGCUUCACAAACAAGGAGACCAAGCUCUUGGCUGCUGCCUUUGUCAGUUCCACUGCUCCAGAUAAAUUUGACUAUGACAUUAUGGCUACGUUGACCGGCAACACUGCUGGCUCUCUCAAGAAGAUGUGGCCGCCGGUAAAGAAGAAGGCUGCUGAGGGCCAUGCUUCGUUCGCCGCCUUCCUUGGACAGGCUGGUGUCGCUGCUUCCGCAGCUCCUGCUGGUGGAGAGCCUAGGCCCAAGCCCCAAGCUCCUGUCAAGGUCGUCAAGAAGCGCAAAGCAACCGAUGAGGCCCCCGAGGAUGCCGAAGAUAGCGCCAAAGACCUUGAUCCUCCCUCUGCCACCGAAAAAUCUGAGGGCGACAAGUCAGACUCCAAGAAGAAGAAGGUCCCGGCUGCCAAGAAAGGAAGGAAAACCCCAGAUCAGAAGAAGGAGCCAGCCAAGGCUAAAGGACGUCCCAAAAAAGCUGUUAAGAAAGAGGAAUCGGCAUCCGAGGAAGAAGUCAAAGACAAUUCUGUCGAGAACUCCGCUGAUGGCGGUGAUGGUCCUUGCGGCGAGGCUGAAGACGACAUCUGAGACGUUCCUGAUCGCUGGCUGUAUUCAUACCUCAACGGGGGAUGUUUCUUCGUUGCACGCAUGAAAGCACCGUAUGUCCUCUAGGUAUAUGAUGUUCUGUCGCUCGGCGCAAGGAGUUCCUGGAUGAUAUGGCAUGGGAUGAUAUGAUACCCCUGGUUGAGGCUAUGAUGGCUCUUAGAACUUACGUUGAUCAUGACAUGCACUUCACGUGGUCGAAUCAACGAUAAUACACUCUGCUCACGUA